CCCCAAGUUCUCGAUCGGCAUGGGGAGAUGCAAUCGUCCUGGAAGCGCUGGAAUCACAAUGUGAGUCUUACAUUUUCCAGUAGCAGCUCUUCAUUCUCUGUCCGCUUCUCGAGCUCACGAACGAGCUCUCUCGAAUUAUCUCCGAGAUCCAUCGCCGAGAUCCUUGCGGAGAUCAAAGCCUGUAGCCGAUCCAGGGAUUUGGAGAGAGGGAGGAGACUUCAUGCCCGAUUAUCUGGAGGAGGCCGAGGAUUCGAGACGAACGCCUUCGUGGCGAACAGCUUGGUGGACAUGUAUGCAAAGUGUGGAAGCCUGGUGGACGCUAGAAAGGUUUUCGCGGGGAUGGGACUACACAAGACAGUGGUGUCGUGGAACGCACUGAUACAGGGAUAUGUGGAGAAUGGCCAAGCAGAGAUGGCCUUGAAGGUCUUCUCGGCCAUGCAAGAACAAGGAUACUCUCCAAAUCCUCGAACUUUUGGUGCUGCUAUGAAGGCCUGCUCCAUCCUCGCGGCAAAAGAAUCGAUCACACAAGUUCUAGACCGUGGAAAGGAGCAAGACAACAACGAUGAAGAAGAAGUAGAAGCUUUUGGUGUGAAGCUGGAGUCUCUGAGCAAAGGAAUGGAGAUUCACUCCCAGGCAGCGGGAUUGAAAGGGUGUUUGGAGGACAUCUUCGUUGCAAACACACUGGUGGACGUGUAUUCCAAGUGUGGCAGCAUGAGUGAUGCUCGGCGAGUUUUCGACCGGAUGGAGUGCCACGACGUUGUCUCGUGGAACUCGCUGCUGCUCGGAUAUGGCGAGAACGGGCAGGGGGAGCUGGGGCUCGAGCUCUACGUAGCCAUGAGAGAUCAAGGCGACGAAUAUGGCAAGCCGGUAGCCGGGGAGCUGGUCAAGCUGAAGUCUCUGGAGCGAGGUAUGGUUGUUCAUUCUCAUGUUGCUAGCGCUGGUUGUGACGACGUUUUCUUGUCUAGCACCCUGGUCGAUGUCUAUGCAAAGUGUGGGAGCUUGAGGGACGCUCGGGCCGUGUUUGACAAGAUGGAUUUCCACGACGUGGUUUCAUGGACGGCUUUGAUCCUGGGCUACGCAGAGAACAGCAGGCCUGAGCUCGCGCUUGAGCUGUUUCUACACAUGGAAACGCUAGCAAAUGCGCCGACUUUCGCCGGAGCAGUCAAGGCUUGCUCGUUUCUGGCACUUGAGGAGGAAGGCAAGCUAGUCGGAAUGGAUAACAGGGGGACUGUCAGGAUCAGAGCUUUGGAGAAGGCCAUGGCUAUUCAUUCCCAGGCGGCAAGCAGUGGCUACUUAUCGGACAUCUUCCUGCAAAGCUCUCUGGUAGAUUUGUAUGGGAAAUGUGGGAGCAUGCUUGACGCUCGCCUCGUCUUUGACAGGAUGCAACACAGGGACGUUGUGUCGUGGAACUCUUUGAUCCUGGGAUACGUAGAGAACGGUGAAACUCACCUGGUUUUCGAUCUACUGGCUCGGUUGACAGAAGAUUUCGCACCAAAUGAUACCAGCUUUGUUGCUGCUAUCAAGGCUUGCGCAACUCUAGCAACGACUCACGACGGGAAUGGGAGGCCUCUCAAGGGGGAGGCUCUGGAAAGAGGCACUAGCAUUCAUGCUCAGGCAAGGGACAGGGGGUUUGAGAAGGACAAGUUCGUCACAAGCACGCUGAUCGACAUGUACGCGAAGUGUGGAGCCUUGGAAGACGCUCGCAGAGUUUUGGAGAGGGCGAGGCCGAGAGAUUCAGUGCCUUGGACUGUGCUGAUGCUGGGAUACGUAGACAACGGAGAGGAGAGGCUAGCACUGGAUCUCUUUGCUGCGAUAUUCGGCUCAAGCAGCGCUCAAACGAGUUCUCCGGCGUUCGUCGCUGCUCUCAAGGCGUGCAUCGGCUUGGCUGCACGAGAAAGCACCGACGCAAAGGUGGCGAAACUGGAGAGCCUGGAGAAAUGCAUGGAGAUCCACAGGGAAGCUGCGAGAUGCGAGGUUGAGCUGGACAUCACCUUGGAGAGCACUCUGGUCGACGCCUACUCCAAGUGUGGAAGCUUGCUAGACGCCCGCAUGGUGUUCGACAGGAUGGAGGCUCACAGCACAGUAUCGUGGACGGUCAUGCUCAACGGCUGCACGGAGAAUGGAGACGAAGAGAUGGCGCUAGAUCUGUUCGAAAGUAUGGAGCUCCAACUCCAGCUCGAGCCAAAUCCAGUCACCUUCGUCGCUGUGCUCAAGGCCUGUGCUGCUGCCGCUGCCAAAGAAGCUGGCAAGGAGAUCGACGAUGACAAGUUCGUGAAGCUCCGGUCGCUGGACAAGGCCAUGGCGAUCCACUCACGAGCUCGAGCGAAGUUUGGUGGUGGUGGCGAGCUCGACCUCGUGGUUGCAAACACGGUGGUCGAUCUCUACGCGAAGUGUGGGAGCAUGACAAGCGCCCGGGGGGUGUUUGACGCGAUGAAGCUCCACAGCGCGGCUUCGUGUGCUUCGCUUGUCCGGGGCUACGCUGAGAACAACGAAGGGGAGCUGGCUCUGGAGCUCUUCUGGCGGAUCAAGGAGAGAUUUUUAGCGGUGGAGGGCGGUGCCGGAUUCGUGGCGGCGCUCAAGGCGUGCUCGAGCCUGGUGGAUCUGAGGGGCUGCCGGGCGAUCCAUGGCGAGAUCUCGCGGCACGGCCUCCUGAUCGUGGUGGAGAGCUGCCUGGUGGACGCGUAUGGCAAAUGCGGCAGCACGACCGAUGCGCGGCGCUGCUUCGAGGCCGUGGCGAGGAGGCGGCUGAUCGAUUGGAACGCUCUCAUGGCGGCGCACUCCCGCCAGGGCGAUUGGCGCGCGGUGGCGGAGCUCUUCCACGCGAUGCGCGACGAGGAGCUCGCGCCCGACGCGGUGAGCUGCCUGUGCGUGCUCACGGCGCUGAGUCACGCCGGGAUGGUGGAGCUCGGCCAUGGCUUCCUCGGCGCGAUGGAGACGAAGUACGGACUCCGCCCGGGCGUGGAGCACUACACGUGUACGGUGGACAUGCUGGCGCGCGCGAACCGGCUGGACGCCGCGGUGGCCGCCGUACGGGGGAUGCCGUACGAGGCCGACACGGCCACGUGGACGGCGGUGAUGGCCGCGUGCUGCCGGUGGAAGAACGCGGCCGUGGCGGAGGUCGCGUUUGGCGCGCUGCGGGCGAUCGAUCCGGGCGAUGGCGCGGCAUUCUCGCUCAUGGCGAAUCUCUACGGGAGCUUGGGUAUGUGGGAGGAGCAGUCGCGGAUCGAGGAGCUGGGGAGGAGCUGCGGCGCGCCGAGGAGAAGUGGGCGGAGCUGGUGGAUCGAUGAUAAAACGGGGAUCCUCCACCGGUUUGGGGCUGGAGAUGUGGGCUGCGGCGACCGCGCGAUCGCGGCCAAGCUCGCGGAGAUGAGGGGCUGGAUGAUGAGCGGUGAUGUGGGCGGGAUCGCGCACAACAUUGGCGAGGAGGACAAGAGGGGCUUCGUCCUGUGCUCGCACAGCGAGAGGAUCGCCAUGGCGUGCGCGCUGGUGAGCUCGCCGCCCGGGACGACGAUCCGGAUCGGGAAGAACCUGCGCGUGUGCGGCGAUUGCCACGCGGUGAGCGCCGUCGCGUCGCGGAUGGAGCGGCGCCGGAUCGUGUGCCGCGACGCCAGGAGGUUUCAUGUCUUCGAGGGCGGGAAAUGCUCGUGUGGAGAUUAUUGGUGAAUCGCGGGCUGACACGUGGCGCAAUGUCUGGUGAAUCGCACUUUGGCACGUGUCAACAUGUUGGUGAGUCGGGCGCCAACACGUGGAAAAUUUUGGUUGAAUCGUGCUUUGGACACGUGGUCGCGGUACAUGAGGCGCAUUGAAGAGAGACCACUUGGCCGAAGAUGAAGCUAUAGGGUUAUUCCAUUGUUGGAUAGCGCGACAAGGAGCAAACAAGGUGAGAUCAUCUCGAGUUUUUUGGCGGUAGCUCUCUCGCGUGAUCCUCGCAUCGAUCGAAUCUAGGACAAGGAGGCGCAAUGCAGCCACACAGAGAGGACUCGGCUCCCAAUGCCGCCGCAGUGAGCGUGGAGACGCGGCUGGACAACUCGGAGCUCGGCCCGGGCAUCGCCACGGGCUCCACGGUGGACAGGACCGACAUCUCCACCGCCUCCUCGGCGGGGCUCACGGCAGCAAAGAAGAGCUUCCCCCCCAAGGCCCCGCAGCCGCGCAAGGGCGACGAGGAGGAGAUCAAGAGGGGCGGGAGUGGGAUCCAAGGCAGCAGCGAUGGCGUUGGCGGCGGGCUCCAGAGGGAGGACUCGCUGGAAUCGGCAAUGUCCAAGACAUCGUCGUCCUCCACCACCACCAUCUCGCCCAUUGUGCCGGUGACGAAAGAGGCGUACGGUGGCGGGAUCUAUGGCAAGGACGACGAGCCCAAAGAGAAGCGGAGCAAUGGCGGAGGUGGUGGUGGCGGCGCCGCUCCUAAGGUGUACGAAGAUGGUAGCGCGAUUCCGUACAUCCAGUAGUAUAGAGAAAAUACUCUCUCUCUCUCUCUCUCUCUCCUGUGUUCUUACUCUUUUUUUUUGUGGGAUUUUUUUUCUCUCUCGAAGCGUUGGUUGACAGCUUUUCGCUGAUCAAAGUCAGAAUA